CGGCAACGUGCGGCGCCGGCGGAAGUGGUGCCCGGGUCCCCGCGGCGGGGCUGGGGGCGCAGGCGCCGUCAUCUGCCCGGGCCCGCCCAGCGGGGUUCAGCCCCUUCCGGACCCCCCGGCUCGAGCGCGCGGCCCCCGGAGCAGCGGCCUCCCAGCAUGGUGCUCAAGGCCUUCUUCCCCACGUGCUGCGCCUCCGCCGACAGCGGGCUGCUGGUGGGCCGGUGGGUGCCGGAGCAGAGCUGUGCCGUGGUCCUGGCGGUGGUGCACUUUCCCUUCAUCCCCAUCCAGGUCAAGCAGCUCCUGGCCCAGGUGCAGCAGGCCAGCCAGGUGGGGGUGGCCGUGCUGGGCACCUGGUGCUGCUGCCGGCAGGAGCCCGAGGAGAGCCUGGGCCGCUUCCUGGAGGGCCUGGCUGCUGUCUUCCCCCACGAGCCCUGGCUGCGGCUGUGCCGGGAGAGAGGCGGCACGUUUUGGAGCUGCGAGGCUACCCGCCGGCAGGGCCCCGGUGCGUCCAGUGAGGACCAGGUCACGCUCAUCUUCUAUGACCAGCGCCAGGUGCUCCUGUCCCAGCUGCACCCGCCUGCUGUCCUGCCCGACCGCCAGGUGGGAGCCGACCCCACCGGCACAGGGGGCUUGGCCGCCGUCUUCCACACGGUGGCGUGCAGCGAGGCGCUCUUCCGCAGCGACCGGUUCGACGAGGGCCCCGUGCGGCUGAGCCACUGGCAGUCGGAGGGCGUGGAGGCCAGCAUCCUUGCCGAGCUGGCCAAGCGGGCCUCGGGGCCGGUCUGCCUGCUGCUGGCCAGCCUGCUGUCACUGGUCUCUGCUGUCGGCGCCUGCCGAGUGUUCCAGCUGCGGCCCCUGUCCUUCCUCGGGAGCAAGCUUUCCACCUGUGAACAGCUCCGGCACCGGCUGGAGCACCUCAGGCUCAUCUUCAGCACGAAGAAGGCAGAGAACCCUGCCCAGCUGAUGAGGAAGGCCAACACGGUGGCUUCUGUGCUGCUGGACGUGGCCCUGGGCCUCCUGCUGCUGUCCUGGCUCCAUGGGAGGAGCCGCAUUGGGCAUCUGGCGGACACCCUCAUUCCUGUGGCUGACCACGUGGCCGAGGAGCUCCAGCACCUGCUGCAGUGGCUGAUGGGCGCCCCUGCCGGGCUCAAGAUGAACCGUGCACUGGACCAGGUGCUGGGCCGCUUCUUCCUCUACCACAUCCACCUGUGGAUCAGCUACAUCCACCUCAUGUCCCCAUUCGUGGAGCACAUCCUGUGGCACGUGGGUCUCUCGGCCUGCCUGGGCCUGACGGUGGCCCUGUCCCUCCUCGCCGACAUCGUUGCCCUCCUCACCUUCCACAUCUACUGCUUCUACGUCUAUGGAGCCAGGCUGUACCGCCUGAAGAUCCACGGCCUGUCCUCGCUCUGGCGUCUGUUCCGGGGGAAGAAGUGGAACGCUCUGCGCCGGCGCGUGGACUCCUGUUCCUAUGACCUGGACCAGCUGUUCAUCGGGACUCUGCUCUUCACCAUCCUGCUCUUCCUCCUGCCCACCACGGCCCUGUACUACCUGGUGUUCACCCUGCUCCGGCUCCUGGUGGUCGCCGUGCAGGGCCUGAUCCAUCUUCUCGUGGACCUCAUCAAUUCCCUGCCGCUGUACUCGCUCGGUCUUCGGCUCUGCCGGCCCUACAGGCUGGCGGCUGGUGUGAAGUUCCGUGUCCUGGAGCAUGAGGCCGGCAGGCCCCUCCGCCUCCUGAUGCAGAUAAACCCACUGCCCUACAGCCGCGUGGUGCACACCUACCGCCUCCCCAGCUGUGGCGGCCACCCCCAGCACUCCUGGGGCUCCCUGUGCCGCAGGCUGUUCUCCGGGGAGCUCAUCUAUCCCUGGGGGCAGAGAUCGGACAGGCAGGACUGAGGCAGCCGGCUCGCCCAGCACCACCACACAGCCACCGUCAGCCCUCCCCUCUGCCAGGGUGGUGCCAACAGCCUGCAGUGGCAGCACGUGCCCCAUGCUGCUGGGUGCUCCUGAACACAGGUCGGCCCUGCCCUCACAGCUCCAGCUUGUAGGUCACUGGGGGUGAGCAGAGGUAGGGUGGGCAGCACUGACUGGCUGGCUUGGGACCCACCUCCCGCCUGCUACGGUCACCAUGCUGGUGAGCACAGCAGCCCCAGGUGUCCAGAGCACCCCCCAUGCCCACCCUCCACACCCAGGUCCAGAGGCCCAUUCACCACAGCAGCUCCCCGUGGAGGGGCUGGCUGGUCUCCCUGGGGGCUCCCCAAUGGCUCUGCACUGGCUGGGGGGGUGGAGGGACCCUCCCAGGAUGAACCCCCCAGUCCCAGGCACCUUGCAGCUCCCUCAGCCGAACAGCGUUCCCUGUCUGGGGGAUAGAAGUAGCCACAGACCCCCGGCCCCAGCCCCAGCCCCAGCCCCAGCUGGCUGGGGUCCUUACUCCCUGAACCAUGUGGGGUUUAUCUGCUGAUGCUCCCUGGAGAGGUCGCUUUGUGAAGGAGCCGUCAGCCAGCUGUGGGCAUCGCCAGGCUGCUGUGGGGGUGGGAGCAGCCUCAGUGGAAGUGGAACGCCCGCCCACCGACCAGCCGUACCUGUACCUGCGAGGUACCCCGGCUGGAUCUUGCUUGUCCCCUCACGGGCCUCCCAGGGAAGGAGAAAGCCCUACUGGGCAAUGGCCUUCGGCUGUGAGCAGCCUGCAGGGUGGCCAUGGCACCGAGGCCAAAAGUGCCUGCUGGAUGGUCUGGGCGCAGGUGUUCCCUGCGGGCCCGAGUCCCCUUCGGGAGGGGAGCCUACAGGUGCUGGCUGGGCGGGGAGGGGGCAGCGCCCGCCUCGGCAGCACCAGGACUGCCUGGGACCCCCCUGGUGACCCAGCACCUGGGAAGCUGCCAGCUGCUGUGACAAUAAAACCCGC